AUGGCUGCAGCGGAGCAGGUUGAGAGCUUCACACUACAGAACGGACGUUUUAAUUGGCUGUUCACUGGACAACUACAUGGACCAGAAUCCUUCACUGCGGACCAGGAGGGUAACGUGUACACAGGGACGGUGGAUGGGAAGCUGUGGAGGAUCCAUCAGGAGACUCUAACCCUCAUCACCCACAUGGGGCAGGACUUACAGGAGUGUGGUAGCAGGACAGACUAUGAGCCAGUCUGUGGUCGUCCUCAUGGUGUGCGGUUGGACAGUGGUGGUCAGCUGAUCGUAGCUGACUCCUACUUUGGGCUGUUUUCUGUUGACCCCCAGACUGGACACAAGACCCUGCUACUGGACAGCAAGACAGGAGCUGACGGGGUUCCGUUUGCGUUCCUGAACGGCUUGGAGAUAUCCUCUCAGACUGGGAUCAUUUACUUUACGGACUCCUCCUCUCGCUGGGGACGACGACACGUCAAACUAGAGGUGAUAGAGACCAACGCUCUGGGUCGUCUCCUGACCUUUGACCCCGUGUCAGGGCGUGUGGGUGUCCUACUGGAUGGUCUCUACAUGCCCAAUGGCAUCGCCCUGUCACCUGACGAGAGCUUCCUGCUGCUGGCCGAGACCAGCAUCGGGUGUAUCCUCAGGUACUGGCUGAAAGGCCCCAAGGCUGGCACCAAGGAGGUCAUCAUGAACAAUAUGCCUGGUUACCCUGACAACAUCCGCCUUAGCGACCGUGGAACCUUCCUGGUUGGCCUAACGACCACACGUUUCAGGAAGCUCAUGCCUCCAUUCCUGGACCUGAUUGGUCCGUACCCAGCGGUCAAACGCUUUCUGGCUAAGGUGGUUCCUCUGAGCUGCUACAACAUGCUGUUGCCUAGAUACGGCCUAGUGUUGGAGUUGGACGGGGAAGGGGAGGUGCUGGGGAGUCUCCAUGACCCUACAGGCAGCCUGACCUGGGCCGUCAGCGACGUGUUCUCCCACCAGGGGAGACUCUACCUGGGUAGCACCGACCUGCCCUUCCUUCCUGUCCUGGAGGACUGGAGCUAACCACUAACUUCUGCAGCAGGUCUCUCAUACCAGGCCUGGGGGGGGGCUGGGGGUUAACUGACUGUGACGUGUCCAGAGACUGUAGCAGAGAUACUCAGACACUUGGUCCUGGCUCUACUGCCAAUCUCAACCAGGUGUCCUUUUCACUCCAUACGGACAGAUUCCUGUUGAUCUGGGACAUUUUUAAUACAGAUCAUUUGGUUCCACAGUGCACUGAUUGACCAGGAGACUGUUAAAUUGAAUAUGUCCUCAGUUAGUUCAUAUGCGGCAGGGUAGCCUAGUGGUUAGAGCGUUGGUCUAGUAACCGGAAGGUUGCAAGUUCAAACCCCCGAGCUGACAAGGUACAAAUCUGUUGUUCUGCCCCUGAACAGGCAGUUAACCCACUGUUAACCCACCUGUUCUGAGCUCCUAGGCCGUCAUUGAAAAUAAGAAUUUGUUCUUAACUGACUUGCCUAGUGAAAUAAAGGUAAAAUAUAUAUAUAUAUUUUAAAUGUGGUUCCACAGUGUCUCCUCAGACCCAUACAGGGGCCAGAUGCUGUUGUAGGGGUCUGUCUAACCCAGCUGUAGUUAGUAGUGGUCAGUGUCUCCUCAGACCCAUACAGGGGCCAGAUGCUGUUGUAGGGGUCUGUCUAACCCAGCUGUAGUUAGUAGUGGUCAGUGUCUCCUCAGACCCAUACAGGGGCCAGAUGCUGUUGUAGGGGUCUGUCUAACCCAGCUGUAGUUAGUAGUGGUCAGUGUCUCCUCAGACCCAUACAGGGGCCAGAUGCUGUUGUAGGGGUCUGUCUAACCCAGCUGUAGUUAGUGGUCAGUGCCUCCUCAGACCCAUACAGGGGCCAGAUGCUGUUGUAGGGGUCUGUCUAACCCAGCUGUAGUUAGUAGUGGUCAGUGUCUCCUCAGACCCAUACAGGGGCCAGAUGCUGUUGUAGGGGUCUGUCUAACCCAGCUGUAGUUAGUGGUCAGUGCCUCCUCAGACCCAUACAGGGGCCAGAUGCUGUUGUAGGGGUCUGUCUAACCCAGCUGUAGUUAGUAGUGGUCAGUGUCUCCUCAGACCCAUACAGGGGCCAGAUGCUGUUGUAGGGGUCUGUCUAACCCAGCUGUAGUUAGUGGUCAGUGUCUCCUCAGACCCAUACAGGGGCCAGAUGCUGUUGUAGGGGUCUGUCUAACCCAGCUGUAGUUAGUGGUCAGUGUCUCCUCAGACCCAUACAGGGGCCAGAUGCUGUUGUAGGGGUCUGUCUAACCCAGCUGUAGUUAGUAGUGGUCAGUGUCUCCUCAGACCCAUACAGGGGCCAGAUGCUGUUGUAGGGGUCUGUCUAACCCAGCUGUAGUUAGUAGUGGUCAGUGUCUCCGCAGACCCAUACAGGGGCCAGAUGCUGUUGUAGGGGUCUGUCUAACCCAGCUGUAGUUAGUAGUGGUCAGUGCCUCCUCAGACCCAUACAGGGGCCAGAUGCUGUUGUAGGGGUCUGUCUAACCCAGCUGUAGUUAGUGGUCAGUGUCUCCUCAGACCCAUACAGGGGCCAGAUGCUGUUGUAGGGGUCUGUCUAACCCAGCUGUAGUUAGUGGUCAGUGCCUCCUCAGACCCAUACAGGGGCCAGAUGCUGUUGUAGGGGUCUGUCUAACCCAGCUGUAGUUAGUGGUCAGUGUCUCCUCAGACCCAUACAGGGGCCAGAUGCUGUUGUAGGGGUCUGUCUAACCCAGCUGUAGUUAGUAGUGGUCAGUGUCUCCUCAGACCCAUACAGGGGCCAGAUGCUGUUGUAGGGGUCUGUCUAACCCAGCUGUAGUUAGUAGUGGUCAGUGUCUCCUCAGACCCAUACAGGGGCCAGAUGCUGUUGUAGGGGUCUGUCUAACCCAGCUGUAGUUAGUGGUCAGUGUCUCCUCAGACCCAUACAGGGGCCAGAUGCUGUUGUAGGGGUCUGUCUAACCCAGCUGUAGUUAGUAGUGGUCAGUGUCUCCUCAGACCCAUACAGGGGCCAGAUGCUGUUGUAGGGGUCUGUCUAACCCAGCUGUAGUUAGUAGUGGUCAGUGUCUCCUCAGACCCAUACAGGGGCCAGAUGCUGUUGUAGGGGUCUGUCUAACCCAGCUGUAGUUAGUAAUGGUCAGUGUCUCCUCAGACCCAUACAGGGGCCAGAUGCUGUUGUAGGGGUCUGUCUAACCCAGCUGUAGUUAGUGGGUCAGUGCCUCCUCAGACCCAUACAGGGGCCAGAUGCUGUUGUAGGGGUCUGUCUAACCCAGCUGUAGUUAGUAGUGGUCAGUGUCUCCUCAGACCCAUACAGGGGCCAGAUGCUGUUGUAGGGGUCUGUCUAACCCAGCUGUAGUUAGUGGUCAGUGCCUCCUCAGACCCAUACAGGGGCCAGAUGCUGUUGUAGGGGUCUGUCUAACCCAGCUGUAGUUAGUAGUGGUCAGUGUCUCCUCAGACCCAUACAGGGGCCAGAUGCUGUUGUAGGGGUCUGUCUAACCCAGCUGUAGUUAGU